AUGGCACGUCCCAAUGAUACAAGUCGCCAAGAGCUUGAUGAGACUCUUCGCCAGAGCAGAAAGAAUAUGCCACCACACCAAGCUGCCGUCAAUGCUACUCAAGUGACAUACGACAACACAAUAGGCCGAAUCCCUUUCGGUGCUCCAAUUACUCUAAAUACAGAGAUCGCCGCCAACGCUGUUAACUACAGCACUCCCAACAACCGCAACACACCUUAUGUCUUGCGUCCUGUCACCGACCAGCAGCGUCCUCGUGUCUCUUUGGGUACAUUCAAGCACAACAAGUACUGUGUCAAAUACGGCUUUACACGCAGAAUGCAUCAACAGCUAGGAACGUCCUUCGGAAACCUUUGUUCCGACAACUGUGGAAGGGAGGAAAGAUCCAAGUGCCACGAACGAUUGGAAUUCCACUCUACUCCAAUAGUGAUUGGGCAUUAUUGCAUCAAGAUUGCUCACAGCAACAGCUUCACCAACGACUGGUACACCAACAAUUAA